UUUUCAGCACUACGAGCUCAUGCUGCCACAGUGCUAAUACGCGUGCUACCAUUAAUUUCAACAUGGUAGUGAAGAAUUUUCAAAAGAUGGCUGUUAUUUCUGUAGUUCUUUUUGCAACUCUCCUGUUCACCCAUGCUAGAAGCAGCUCAGGUCAAAUCUCAUCAAGACGAGUUUCCUCCCAGGGUUCUGUUGUGGUCUCUACUAAUGCUAAACGGUCCUCAUCUCCAGUUUCUCUUCCGGUCUCCCCAAGUUUGAGUCUACAGCCCACUGGGCCGGAUACUUCUUCCCUCUCUGUUAGUAGCCACAAGACCUCCUUAGUUAGUCCAACCAGGUCUGUCAAUGUUCAAACCAGUGUUGUCACUGUUCAAACCAGUGUUGUCAUUGGUCAAACCAGUAUAGUCACUGGUCAAACCAGUACAGUCAGUGGCCAAACCAGUUCAGUCACUGUUCAAACCAGUGUUGUCACUGGUCAAACCAGUACAGUCAGUGGCCAAACCAACACAGUCGCUGUUCAAACCACUGCUGUCACUGGUCAAAGCAGUACAGUCACUGGUCAAACCAGUAAAGUCAGUGGCCAAACCAGUACAGUCAGUGGCCAAACCAGUACAGUCAGUGGCCAAACCAGUACAGUCGCUCUUCAAACCAGUGUUGUCGCUGGUCAAACCAGUAUAGUCAGUGGUCAAAGCAGUACAGUCACUGAUCAAGUCAAUAUAGUCAGUGGUCAAACCAAUACAAUUGAUGUUUCGCCCACUCGAGCAUCACCUGGUGUAAGUGCCUCAGUACCGACUGAUGUUAAUCCAUGCAAAAGGAACAACGGUGGCUGUGCGCACUAUUGCACAAGACUUAACAGGGAAUAUAACUGCAGUUGUAGUUCAGGCUUUAAACUGAAUGCCGACCGACACACCUGUACAGGUAUUAUUGGCGAAUCCCCAUAUCACGGGACUAUUUCUUUAAUCCUUUAA